AUGCUAGUAAGUAUGUUCCAUUUCCCAAAUUUGAUCUGCCUCUAGUCUAAUAGCCGGUCUAAGAAACAGUAAUUCUCAUAACUGUCGCGUUUCUUUUCGUUCUCCAAACCUAUCAUUACUUUUUCACCGUAGCUAGUAACUACUCCUUUACCUCUCGAGCUCUUCGUUUUUUGUUUCCUCGAGAAAAAGGGAAGAGUUUCAUGGUUGACAAAUUCCAGACCUCGGGCGUUAUUGUCUUUACGCGUUUUGGGUUUCGGGUUUGUUAACUUUGUAAUUAUUUUUUUAUGUUUUGUUUUCUCCAUCAGAUUAAACCUUUGAUGAAUUUGGGAAUACAUGACUCCUAUUCGAAUAUUCGGUUUGCUCUAUGCGGAAAGCGAAAUUUCUAAGCCGAAAAAAUGUGACUAUCAAAACUUUUUUGCGAUUUUCGGUUUGAAAAUUUCAAGCUCAGUUUGCAACGAUUUGUAUAAUUUUUACCCCAAGUGCGACGCUCAGGUUUCGAUGAAACUUGUCACAAAUUUAGAAUACUUUUUUCUAAAAUAUAUGCGAGAAUCCUAGCUCGCGCUUUGCAGAAACAACCGGAAUUUUCAGAUCGAAAGUUGGCGAAAAUUUGACACUUUUUGCCGAAUUUCGGCACGAAAAGUUUCAUGCCUAUUUCAACCAUAGAGUAAUGUUCCACAAAAAAUCAUUUUUUCUCCGCACGAAACUAGCAGAGUUACGGCCAAAAAGUGUUUUUCUCUCUGCCCGCUCUCCGCGUUUAGCGUACUCUCUCGGCGGCAAGGGUCGUUAAAGACCUCGGCGGCGCUUGCAAAGCGCGAACUAAAACUUUCAGGAAUUGAUAUUUAGUCGAUAAAGCCUCUACCUCAAAUUUACAGGGGAAGUACUCCAAGUGCGACGCUCAGAUUUUCUUUAAAUUUUGCACACACGUUGGGUACGCACUAAAUAUCAAUUCCUGAAAGUUUUAGCUCGCCCUUUGCGGGCGCCGCCGAGAUAUCGAACGAUUUUUGCCGCCGAGAGAGCACCCUCAACAUGGAGAGCGGUCAGAGAGAAAAGCGCUUUUUGGCCAUAACUUUGGCAGUUUCGUGCAGAAAAAUUUGAUUUUUUGUAGAAACAUUAUCCUUUACGGUAGAAAUAGGCAUGAAACUUUUCGUGCCGAAAUUCGGCAAAAAGUCCUAAAUUUUCGCCGACCUUCGAUCUAAAAAACUCGGUUGUUUCUGCAAAGCGCGAGCUUGGAUUCUCGUAUACAUCUUAGAAAAAAUUAUUCUAAAUUUGUGACAAGUUUCAUCAAAAUCUGAGCGUCGCACUUGGGGUACGUCCCUGGUAAGCAAAAUCCAAAAGUUUUUGUAUUGCUGCCCCAUUUUACGCACUCUUUCGCAAAAAGGCCGUUGAAAUCGGCUCUGCUUGCAUGGAAUGAGCUAUCAGUCAAAUUCUUUUUCGGCCAGACUGAUAAAAUUUUCAAGGAUUAAUUUUCGGCCUAUUUACUAGAAUGCGCUUACAAGAUUUUCAAAAUUCCCUCGCAAAAUAUUAUUAUAUUUUUUUUAUAAAAUUUUUGUCACAUGUUUCCGCUAACGUGUAAUUUUUCAACGUGUACCUUAAUCUUUACCUAAUUCACCAUUUCAGGCGCUGAUGCGCUCCCCCUCCUAUAGUCCACUGCCCUCCCCGAUCCCGGCAGUGGCAUCGCGCACGGUGCGAAGGCCCUUGAUCCCAUUCGUUUGUUUGGCCGCCUUUUGUGUGGUCGCGUGGCAUUCCUACCCAACAAUAUCCGAUAUCACUGUUCCACAGAAUGGUCAGCAUGUUUUCAAAUUCAAAAAUUUCGUACAUUCCAGCCCAAAGUUUUUUUGCGCUGUGCGGAAAAUUCAAAACUUCAAAAUUUAUUUCCUUUCCAUUUUAGUAGAUACGACAACAGCCUUCUCGACGAACGAAUGCCUAAUCAUCGUAGUAACUCCCACUUAUGCCAGACCGACUCGAAUGCCCGAUCUCACUCGCUUAGCGCAGACAUUAAUGUUAGUCAAAAAUAUUCACUGGCUGGUAAUUGAGGACGCGAAUCGGACGUCAGACGCUGUCAACAGGUUGCUGCAGAGAUCCGGAGUUCCUCAUACAUAUCUGUUUACAACUAGUGUUGAUUCAUUGCCAAGUAAGUUGAAAAAUUUUUAAUUUUAUCUCUAUUUUGAGAACUCCAGAGAAAAAAUAUUUCUGUCUAAAAAUAUCCCAGUGAGACUUAUUAUGUGACCCUGUUGUCAUUUUUCAAUACGCAAUUCACGGUUUUGGGUACCGAGGGAAACAGUUGACUCAUUGGGUCAAGUGUUCCUCUCUAUCUCUUCAAAACGAUCAAUUAAAACCUGUUGAAUUUAGGCAUGACCCAGAAAAGUCUUCCAAGGCUUUUAUUAGAACAAGUUUAACCUUUUAUGCGAAAAAAACGCCUGACUCAAUCGGUCAAGCAUCGCUCGUAAACAAUAAUCUUAAUUCUAGAACGGGGCUGGUCCCAUCGAAAUAUGGCCAUAGACAUAAUCAAGACCAAAUAUAGGGACUACAAUGGCUGUGCGGUGGUUUAUUUCGCCGAUGAUGACAAUACUUACGACUUUCGGCUGUUCGAUGAGUAUAUCCGAAAAGUCAAAGGAGUCGGCCUGUGGGCAGUCGGUAAGGACUUUGGAAUAUUUGAAAAUUGUUAUAUCGAAAGCACCAAAGGUCAUGCUCGUUUAGGAUUCUCUGGCGGAGCUAAAGUCGAGGCUCCUCAUGUGGAAAAUGGAAAAAUCACAAAAUGGGACGUAGUUUAUGCGCCGAAACGGCAAUUUGCAACAGACAUGGCCGGUUUCGCCGUCAAUUUGCGAGUGUUGAUAAAUUCUACGUAAGUCGUGAAUUUGAGGUCAAAAACGAGGCAGGAAAACUUAUACUAAUUUUUUACUGCAACAUCCCGUAUUUUAGAGCCCGAUUCACCAAAAAAUGUGGAAAAUCAGAUCCGGAAAACUGUUUCCUAAAGCAAUUGAACGUCUCCAUGAAGGAUUUGGAGCCCUUUGGAUACGACAGACAGCCCAAGGAGAUCCUCGUUUGGCAUACACAAUCCAAAUUGCCAAAGGGCAGUGGCCCUUCGUAUGGUUAUGUCUACGAAGAGAAGAAAACGUAG